GACGACACCGCUUUAAUGCGGAUGUAUAAACAAGGUCUUAAACCAGCCGUACGCAUAGAACUCAUAAGAAGUAGAUCCAGCCUCAAUACGCUCAACGAACUCAUAGCCGAGGCUAUCCAAGUAGACAACGAGCUUUAUAAGCUCAUGCUAGAAGAACGCUUAUAC